AUGACCCGACCGGUCAAACAGAACGCCAUAGUAAUUUCCGACGACGACGACGAUGACGACGGAACGUCGUCUGAAAUCGACCAUUCUCGGUCUUCAAGCAACAAAGCUCUUGGGAAACGGAAAAUCGACGUCGAUUUCGAAGAGAAGGAGGUGUGGGACGCAGACUCCGACCUAGAACUCCCCAAAUCCAAGAAGCGGAAGGGCCAGCGUGCUUCCGCUAACAAGGGGCAAAAGAACAAACGCAAGGGUCGACAGUCCAACAAGAGCGCCGUGGUCAAGCUCGACAUCGAUGAAAACAACGAGCCAGACGACCUCGAUGUUGCCGAAGCGCCGGACUACUUGAAGGAGCGGAGGAAGAAGUUCGACGAGAACCGCGAAAGGCUGCAGGAAGCCGGGCUUCUACUGCCCCCAGACUAUUCCGAUGUCGUCUUCUCCGACGACGAUCGACUGGACAGGCUGGAGCGCCGACCCAUGUUCGAAGAGAGCUCCAAGAUCAAGCCAUGCCGGCCAUACAAGGACGUCGAGCUCGAGUAUUCGGCUGGAAUCAUCCCUGCUUCCAUUGCGCAGUAUCUACGCGAAUACCAGGUCGUCGGCGUCAAGUUCCUGCAUCGUCUUUUCGUUUACCAGAGAGGUGGCAUCCUCGGUGAUGACAUGGGUCUCGGCAAGACGGUGCAGGUUGCCACAUUCCUUACGGCAGCCUUUGGCAAGACCGCCGAUGAGCGCGACAAGAAACGUUUGAAGAAGAUCCGUGACGUCUCCGGCCGCUGGUACCCGAGAAUCUUGAUCAUCUGCCCAGGAUCCAUCAUCGAGAACUGGAAGAACGAACUAAACCGUUGGGGUUGGUGGAGGGUUGAUGUUUUUCAUGGCGCAGGGAAAGAGGACGUGCUCUCUACAGCCAAGGCAGGCCGAACGGAGAUCAUGAUUACGACUUACACGACGUACAAAAACCACAAGAGCUUGGUCAACACAGUCAAAUGGGAUGCCGUCAUCGCCGACGAAUGCCACCAAAUGAAGGAAAAGAGCUCCGAGGUUACCAAGGCAAUGAACGAUGUCAAUGCGCUUUGCCGUAUUGGUUUGACGGGCACAGCGAUCCAGAACAAGUACGAAGAGCUUUGGACUCUGCUGAACUGGACGAAUCCAGGCCAUUUCGGCACCUUGGGGGAAUGGAACAACACCAUCACCAAACCUCUGACGCGAGGGCAGUCCCACGACGCAACCUUGAGCCAAUUGCGAGACGCCCGAAUCACUGCCAGGAAGCUUGUUACUAACCUGCUUCCCGGCUUCUUCCUGCGCCGGAUGAAAACAUUAAUAGCCCACCAGCUACCCAAGAAGAGCGACCGAGUCGUCUUCUGCCCGCUCACUGACCAACAGCAGGAAGCAUACAAGAACUUCAUCAGUAGGCCUGACGUCGAGCUUCUUCGGACUCUUUCGGACCCCUGCGACUGCGGGUCGGGUGUUGGCCAGGGAUGGUGCUGUCGGAAGACGCUCGAUGACGGGACAUCAUGGCAGUCCAUCAUCUUCCCCUGCGUCACUACUCUACAAAAGCUGUCGAAUCACCUUACUCUUCUGAUCCCUGCAGGAGGAAGUGAUCAAGAUGAGAAGCACCAGAGAGAAAUGCGCACCCUGCAGACCUGCUGUCCGGACACGUGGCUACACCUCUACAAGAACAGAGAUGCGAUCAUGAAUCUCGCCAACCCCGAGUUCUGCGGGAAAUGGAAGGUCUUGAAGAAGCUUCUCAAGUUCUGGCACGACAGCGGCGACAAAGUCCUCGUCUUCUCGCACAGUGUCCGACUGCUUCGCAUUCUGCAGCACUUAUUCCACAACACCAGCUAUAGUGUCACGUAUCUGGAUGGUACGGUGACCUAUGAGGACAGGCAAAAGGCCGUUGACGACUUCAACUCCGACCCGACCCAAUUCGUCUUCUUGAUUUCGACCAAGGCUGGUGGCGUAGGCCUAAACAUCACUUCUGCGAACAAGGUUGUCAUUGUUGAUCCUCAUUGGAACCCGUCGUACGAUCUUCAGGCUCAGGACCGAGCGUACCGUAUCGGCCAGGUUCGGGAUGUCGAUGUCUUCCGACUGGUUUCGACCGGAACUAUCGAGGAGAUUGUCUACGCCAGACAGAUCUACAAACAGCAACAGGCCAACAUUGGCUACACGGCAUCGUCCGAGCGACGGUACUUCAAAGGUGUCCAGAAGGACUCUGAGCGCAAAGGAGAGAUCUUUGGGUUGGAGAACCUCUUUAUGUAUCGCGAGAACCAGCUCGUGAUCCGUGACAUUGUCAACAAGACCAACAUCGCCGAGGCAAAGGCCGGAACCGGCAUCGCAAUGACCACCGUCGACAUGGAGAAGCUUGCCAAGGAAGAAGAGGGAGAGCUCGAUUCCCUGAAGCGCGAGCCUGUGGACUCGGAAGACGGUGAUAUGAGCCAGCUUGCCGCUUUCUUGGCCGCCAAGGACCCCAAGGCUGGCGACUCUGCGAAAACCCAGCAAGCCAAGAGCGAUGCCGUCCAGGCCAUCCUGUCGGCGGCAGGCGUUGAGUACACACACGAAAACUCGGAGGUGAUUGGGACGUCCAAGAUUGAGGAACAGCUGUCCCGCAAAGCGGAGAUGGCCGCCAGCUCCGACGUUGACGGAGAGGGCGACAGCGCGCUGUUCGCGGAUAGCCAGGUGUUUGGCGCGCAGGCCCAGAAGCUAAAAGGGUUUUCGUACAUUUACAACCCCCCAGAGGAUGUCAUGCGACGGCAAUUCUGCUCCAUGGCGCGCGAGUUCGGCUUCGCGACUGCUACCGAGUUCGCCCUAGUGGUCGGCAGUUGGACACAGGCGCAGAGACGGAACUGCCUUGAUGCGUUUUACAAGAUUCGCGAGGGCAAGUUGCUGGCCGAAGAGACUGUCAAGGCCGAGGAGCAGGCGGCCGUCAAGAGGGAGUCCCCGAAGCGGGAGGACGAGGUCAAAGAGGAGCCGGGGGCGAAGGUCGAGGUGAAGAAGGACAACGUUGUGGUCGUGGAUGAUGAUGCUGAGACCGAGGACGAGGACGAGGACGUCCAUUCCAAGGAGGACGAUAUCAAGCAGGAACCUGUCGAGAGCAAGGAGAGCGUCCAACCGGACAAAGGAACCGUCAAAGUAGAAACGGAAGUCAUUCCGAAGAGGACGUCCGUCUUCAUUUACGACACAGACGACGAUACGGAUGAGCUUUGA